AUGAGUACUCAACUUCUCCGAGGUUGCAACAAGAAUGAUCUGUUCGAGGAAGAAUCGAACGAAUCCAGACUUGCACUGCCUACUCAGGUCUUUCGAUUUGACGAGGUCGUCGAUCAUAUCGAGGAAGCGCUGAUUGACAAACGCGUCUCUCACAAUCAGGCCUACCGCUUCAAGGUGGUUGAGACUAUCUUGACAUUUUUCGAGACCAGACGCAGCCAGCUGCUCGAGGCUGCUUCUCAGGAUUUCAAUGGCAAAGCAGCACACGCUGAGCUUGAGCUCGAGUAUUCUUUGACGCUCUCUCAGGUUGCGAGUGCUCUGCAAACUCAGUGUAGGCCCAACGUUCUCGGCGGUGCUUUGCCGGAUCGCUUCUUCAAGAGAAUCACAACCGAGGUCAAAGGAAAGAGUGACCCCGCGCUUGUCAAGGUAACGCGAGCUGUGGGUGCGGUGCUCAUUGUAGCACAACCCAAGCGACCGUUCGAUGAUCUCUUCGCUCCACUCGUUUCGGCGAUCGCAGCGGGUAAUGUUGUCUGCGCCGUGCUGUCUCCUACGCUGCCGGCUUUGAACAAAGUGAUUUUGGAGCAGCUGACGACUCAGAUGCCAAAGUCAGCUGUGUUCUUGGUCAAUCCGCUGGAUAUGGCAGAGCUGCAGCAUGGCGUAGCUGACCUGCGCAGCUCGGCUUGGAAGGUGUUUGAGGUGCAAAUCCCAGGAUCUACGCAUGUGGCAACGCACGUUACGGUACCAGGCUCUGCGUACAUCUCUGCAUCUCUGGCCAGCGCGGCUAGCAACUCGCUGACACUCGGCUUGGGCAGCUAUUCAGCCAAAGCAAUUGCAUCGAAACUGAAAGAGGUUGCGACCGAGGUGGUGGAAGGCGCGUCUAUGUGGCUCGGCCGAGGAGUGGGAGCUCCCAAGUACCUUUUCGUUCACGAAGAGGCCUAUGCCGGCUUUCGCGACGCUUUGGUUUUGGCGAUUGCGACCUCGUCUGCCAUUCUUGCGCCGAAUGACGACGGAAGGCAGCUGGAAGAGAUGGUUCUGGAAGAACAAACGGCAAGCAGCAAGGUGGGUAUGUGCGGCGGAGCAGCUCGUAUCCAGAAACCAUUUUCCUCAGAAAAGCGUCCAGGUCCGAUUGCUCUAGUCGAGGUCGACGUCAAAGCCAGCGGGGCUGCUAAGGUGAGCGCUACUAUCAGCGACCGCAAGGUGGUAGCACAGAUCCGGGAGCUGGCAGGGCUGGUACUGGUGGGAGUGAGCAGCACCGAGCACGCAUUCAGCCUUGUUCAAGAGCUUGGUCUGCAACAGGGCCACAUGGUCAUCUAUUCGUACGACUCUGCCGAAGUGCAACACGUGCUUCGAGAGCUGGAGCCUGCAACGCUGUCGGUCAAUCAUGUGGCUCCCGAGAACCUCUUUUCGAGCUACGCGCCCAAGCAGGUACUCAGCAGCGCGGUUUUGCACCACCAUCAUCACGCGCUUGAAAGACGUACAAAGACGGCGGAUUCGUCCCAACUUCGAUGGCCGCUCGAGCUGUUCCAGACGAGUAGCACAACGUACCUUGCAGCCAUUCGGGACACGUCGUUGGGUCUCUCGGGGAUUGCCUCGUGCUCGACUGCUUCUCAGUCUGCGCUGUCGAGGGGUUCGAGGCAAGAGAGACAGGUCGCGAUGAAGAGGGCGCUGGCCAUUCAUCUGUCAAAGACCAAGCGGCUAGCCAACCGCUCGAGACCAGCCGUAGCUGUUCCUGUUCUCCGAGUAUUUUUCCUGCAGGGGUUGUUCCUGUUCUGGGGUAGCGCACUUACGUGCACACUCGCUGGUCUGAGCUUUGGCGCUUUCAAGCUCUCGCACUGGGCCUGGACGCGAUACAUGAGCACUUGUGCAUGA